UGUUUCCUGUGUGUGAUUUGUGUGAAUCAGUCAAAUUGAGUUGACGUUUGUCUCGACUAUAGAUUAUUUUACAAAAGUUUUUGAUAAAGUAAAAUUAAAUAACAAGAGUUUACAAAGUGCCAACUCCAACUUGUUGCCAAGUUCAUUUUAUUCUGCAACAAGAACGUAAUAUUUGCUUACAAAGAAAAGUAUAUUACUGUACUGAGUGAUCUUAGUUUCAAGGUGUUAAAUUAAUCAUCAAUUUAUUAAGUUCCUAGCAGUGCGUUGUGAAAAAGUAUAAAAAAUGACACUAUCAGAAUAUGCUCAAUUAAAACAAUACAUAAUCUUCUCAGUGGGAACAAAUGAAAGACACAGUGAAAUAAUAAGUUCAAUGAAAGAAUUUUUUAGGGAUUCUAUUAAUUCUGUGAGGAAGUUUGAACAAAUUAACAACAUAAAUCAGCUAUUGAAAAUUUUAGAAAUACGAGACGUAUUGUCUGAAGAUAAUGUAGAAUGUCUGAAGAAUAUUGCAAUGAAACUUCCAAACUCUAACGAUGUGCUAAAGAAAAUAGCAGACUAUGAAAAAGAACAUGUUCCCAGGGAAUAUGUAAACUAUUAUGUUGCGAAACCACAAGAUCUCAAGAAAAAAGAAUCUGAAGACAGCUAUAUUAGUACCAGUCCAUUAUCAAAUAUGAGUGAAAGAAAGAAACAGAGAAUUUUUGAUACAAUUACUCAAGAAAUUGGUAGUUUCUGGCGUGAUCUUGCCAGGAAUUUGCAAAUACGAGAAUGGGUGAUUGACGAAAUUGAUUUUCAAAACCAAACUCUUCAUGUGAAGGCUACAAAACUACUGAAAGAAUAUGAUUCUAAAGCUGAUCCACAAAGAUGGUUUUUCAUUCUAUGUGAGGCAUUAGAAAAAAGCCGUAGAAAGGAUCUAGUGAGAUCUAUUCAGAAUAUCAUGGCAAUGAAUAUUUGACAAACAAUUUAAUUGUUUCUGUCUCUCUUUAUGGCAUAAAUGUAAGUUAAAUAAUAAUAAAAUAGAAAAGUCAAUGUUAAGGGUCUUGGAUAUUUGAAUUAUUAGUCAUAUAAGAUCCCCAUGAAUGACCUACUACAACAUCUUUACAUUGCUUGUACACUUAACUUGUUUCAUUCCCAUAUAACUAUGUAUACAGUUUAUGCCAUUUAGCUACUAGCACAGUUGAGAACUAUAUAAAGUGACAAAUACAUAAUUAUCAAAUAAUAAGUUAUCAUCAUUUUGUGAAAUAAAAGAUUAUAUUUUGAAAAUAAGUUUAUUCAGUGUAACAAAGCACUUUAUGAACUCCUAACAAAAACAUUGUAUAGGUAGGUACAUAAUAAUGAAAUAGCAUAUUGAAUAUAAAAAUAUUUGUACUUAAAAAUAAGGUUUAGAAAUUUGAUUUCAACCAUAAUUUUAAAUAUUUAGUAAAAUUGUAUAAAAAUAGUACUUUAACAUCCAUAGCAACAUAUAUACUUAGUUGAUUAAUACAUGGAAUGUAAUUUGGAAGACA